GAGGAUGCACCACGUGAGUAGUGUCAGAGUCCUAGAGACUCAACUGGCGUGGGCCAUCUCCAAGGAGACAGCCAGGCUUAGUCCAGAGGGCAUCCCCUACUGUGCCACCAAAGUGCAGUCCAUCACUUGGAUCCAGCGUGUGUCUGGCAGGGUGAGCCACUAUGCGUCUCACCUCCGCCACGAGACGUCUGUGGACGUGACGCUUGGCUGCUACCAGAAGUCUAAUGUCUCAGGGGUGUAUGCCACUGUCCACAUGGGGCUGGAUGGGCUUCUCUCCUCUUCAGCGUGGUUGGAGGCUGCCUCCUUCUCUACGCCCACCACUCAGCAGUUCACUGACCCAGAGCCUGAGGGCCACAACUGCUAUGAGGGCUGGGAGGAGGACCUGCUGCCUGAGGAAAGGGAGGUUCCUCAGCUAAACCGCUACCUUACCACCAAGAGAGUGGAGGACAUCGCCCUGAGGCUCGUCUCCCUGUGCCAGGUCUUCACUACCCUGCUUGGUUCCACCCUGAGCAGGAACCAUCUGUUUGUGGCGGGAAAGGUCCUCCUGGGCGCACUGGACGAGGCCAAGUUCAUCGGUACCUAUAACGACUUUGUGGACUACCUGAGUGACCCCUCCAAACGGAAUGACAUUGAGACUGGCUGGCUGAGGCAAAGGUGAGUUCAUUAACUCUUUCAAGUCUCACUGAGUUCUUCCACAUGCAUGUCUUUUAUACAUCACAGUAGCUGAUCUAUAUAAAAUCAUUCCUAUUUUCUCCAAACGUGUUUUCUUGUCCUGGAUCCAUCGUGUGAACAUGAUCGAUGUCCUCUUUGAGCUGGUGCUGUUUGGGAUGAUGACAGCUCAGUAGUCCCUGAUGGUGCACCCUGGUGGGUUUGUGGAGCGUCUGUAAGCUCUCCUGUACUCCUUCCUGCCCACUGCUGCCAACAUGGAGCCAGAGGCCGACAGAUACCUGCUGCUGCUCAAUGUAAGAGUCAAGAGGUUACUUCCUGUUUACUUCCAUAUUCUUAGUGUACUUCCUUUUUACUUCCUUAUUCAUGGUUAACCAGGUUUCAAUGCCAUUUUAGGGGGAGUAUUUCAAAUUGUCUCUCUCUUCUUGAUAAGCUAGUAACUCAGAGCCAUUUGCUAUGUGUUGUGUGGUGUUCUCUUCAGGGCGGGCUGAUGGCUCUGCUGGAUGACAUGUUUGGCCAGCAGCUGGCCUGGUACUUUAACCCGGAGUCUUUGGUCACUGAGCUCUCCAGCCUCCUGGAGUACCACUUGGAGAACCUCAUGGCCAGCAUGUAGUCCUACUGCAGGGACCAUACUCCUUUCUCCUUCUCUCUCUCUUUUGAGGGAAUUGAGGACUUGAAGUGCUUUGUUGAACCCUAAUUAGUUAAUACCCAUUCAUUUAAUGUAUUCUCUUGUUCUCUCUCCCCACAGGAUUCUUGUGACACUUUGCCACCCAACAGGGAUCUAGACACCAAUGCACUACAUUACUUUGCACUGAAUUUGACAUUUUUAAAUAAAAUAAGUUGUAGUUCAAAAACAUUUUUGUUUACGUCUUUUCAUA